UAAAAACUUCUAACAGUUUUUGCUCCCUUUUCGACUGUUUUUCUAGUUUGUAGAUGUAAAUCGGAUUUAAGUUAACAUGUUAUAGUGUUGGUGAAAUGGUUUGUGAUUAAAAAGAGUUGAACGAGUCGACGUGAUUGCGCAUCAAGCUUCGACUUUGGGAUAAAAGGGCGGCAUAAACCUUGACGUAAAUCACGUCAAACCACAAAUAAGUCAUUUUCAGAACGUCCACCGUCUCGUUGGUAACCACAUCUGGCCAAUUCCGCAUCUAUUUUGUUGGGCGGGGGGCGUUUUGGAGAAGUGAAAGCACCAAGCCGAACCCUCCUGGUUGGUGUCCACCAUGGCCUACCAGGCUGGGUAUGCUGAGGAGCCUAAUGCUUUGGUCCAAAACAUCAGCUCCAACAUCCAGAGGCUCACCUUGCUCACCUCCGAGCUGCAGAGGGCGUUGUCACUGCUAGGAACGGAGCACGAUGGCGACCAGCUGCAACAGACGCUGCAACAGAACCAGCAACAAGGUAAUCAACUCGCCAAGGACACUGACCGACUCAUCAAGGCCUUCAGCGCGCUUCCGGUCGGCGCCGACCAGCGUCAGAGAAAGAUCCAGAAAGAGCGUCUUUUGAACGACUUCUCUGCGGCGCUGAACAACUUCCAGAGGACUCAGCGGGAGGCGGCCGACAAAGAGCGAGAGUUUGUGGCCAGAGUCAGAGCCAGCUCCAGGGUGUCGGGAGGCCAGCCUGAGGCCCACCAUGGAAAUGUGAGCCCUUUCUCAAGCGAUGCCCAGCUGCAGGAUCAGGUGGAGGCGGUCACUGAGGACGACCUCAGGCUGAUCCAGGAGCGAGAGUCCGCCAUCAGGCAGCUUGAGUCGGACAUCACAGACAUCAAUGACAUCUUCAAGGACCUGGGCAUGAUGGUCCACGAGCAGGGCGACAUGAUUGACAGUAUAGAGGCCAACGUGGAGAAUGCAGAUAUGAACGUCCAGAGAGCCACGCAGCAGCUGGCACGUGCUGCAGACUAUCAGCGGAGCUCUCGGAAGAAGAUGUGCAUCCUGAUUUUAGUGUUGAUUGUUGUCAUUGUUGUUAUUGGACUCAUCAUUUGGGCGUCAGUCCGUAAGUGAGGGAUGCUCACGCUCCUCAAAGUGACCGUUAUUCUUUUUACAAAUGCUGGCUUUCUCAAGCGACCCUUUGUUUGAUUGUGCAGGUGUACCUAAUGUAAUGGCCAAUGAUAUGCAGACAAUCCUUACCGGUCCACAAAUCCCGUCUGCAGGGAAAAGUUGACGCAAACAUUGUCAUGUACAGUAGCAUUAAGUUCUAAUCACUUGUUAAUGUACACAUAGUUUUAAUUGAGGGUCUGACAUAUUUGAACAAUGGAACUUGAUGAGCUCAUGUUUUAUACACUCCACAGUCUCACCAUAAACAUUAAUAUAUACACCAUAACGCCAUAACACCAAAUCUAUGUUCAAGUUUGCCUUAAAAAAAAUCUUUGUUUUGAGUUAAAAAAAAAAAGAUUUAUAACCUGAACAUACCUCACAGGAAGUUAUGGCAAUGCUGCCUUUUCUAACUUGGUGAUAUGAAGGAAGUUAAAAAGCAGGUAGCUGCCAAAAAAGUGCAUAAACUGCUGAUUGUUUUUUUUUAAGACUAUGCUGCCUCGUGUGUGUGAAAAUGUUUUGAUUAAAUAAAUAAAACUAUAAAUAAAUGAACCUUAUCAUAGCAGA